UGAGCUGGGGCUUACACUGGAGCAAAUUUCCGACCGGUAUGUUCCAUCAAAAUUAACGGAGCCGAUGUUGUUGCUGCUGCUGCUGCUGCUGCUGCUCCUCGUUGCUGCGCCUUACUUACGGGAGAUUGUACUGUACAAUGCGUCGGAUCAUCAAAACGUGGUUCUACGGGAGAUGAUCCUUGGGGGAUUUGCCUCGUAUUCGUUUUACUCACGCUCCCCUCCCCUCCCCCUUUCGUUCGUCUGUAUGCACCACAGAAGAAAGGAGGGGGGCAUGUUUGAUCCUAGCAAAUCUAAUACUCCGUAGUUAACGAUGCCGAGCCCUUGACUAUUGUUGCCUGUUGGCAUGAAGAGUGGAUUCGAUGGGGACGGGGUGGUGGUGGGCACUGGGAUAGCAUGUAAUUUCAUCCCUUUUGCAAGCCUGGAAUUACUCGUACCUCUUUCUCGUUACGAACCAGAGGUACAGUAACAGAGUACUGUACCAGACUCAAACUCGUUGCAUCAUGGACGGUUGCUUUCGGGGCGGAACCAAGAAGCAGAAUACGGGGAAGUGAGAGACUGAGAGAGCGAGGGUCAUCGACAUCAUCGGACAUCAUCGAGUAGUUAGUGACGGCAGUGACG